UCAUCAAUCUUUCAAUCACAAAAAACAACAACAACAUUAAAAAAAAAAAACACUCACACAAUGCAGAUUCACAAACUCUGUUUUCUUGUUCUGUUCUUAGCUAACGCAGCUUUUGCCGUCAAAUUCAACUUCAAAUCCUUCGAUGGCAACAACUUGCUAUUCCUAGGAGACGCAGAGCUUGGUCCUUCCUCUGAUGGUGUAAGCCGAUCCGGAGCUUUAUCCAUGACCCGAGACGAGAACCCAUUCUCUCAUGGUCAAGGUCUUUACAUCAAUCAAAUCCCAUUCAAACCUUCAAACACUUCUUCUCCUUAUUCAUUUGAAACUUCUUUCACUUUCUCCAUCACUCCUCGCACCAAACCUAACUCCGGUCAAGGUCUCGCCUUCAUCAUAGUCGCGGAAGCUGAUAACUCCGGUGCUUCGGGUGGCGGAUAUCUCGGAAUCCUCAACAAAACCAACGAUGGAAAGCCAGAGAACCACAUCUUGGCUAUCGAAUUCGAUACUUUCCAGAACAAAGAGUUUCUAGACAUUAGUGGUAACCAUGUCGGAGUUAACAUCAACUCGAUGACUUCUCUUGUCGCUGAGAAAGCUGGUUACUGGGUUCAGACAAGAGUCGGUAAAAGGAAAGUUUGGUCGUUUAAAGAUGUGAAUCUUAGCAGUGGAGAGAGGUUCAAGGCUUGGGUUGAGUUCAGAAACAAAGACUCAACGAUUACGGUUACACUCGCGCCUGAAAACGUUAAGAAACCUAAGAGGGCUUUGAUCGAAGCUCCGAGAGUGCUCAAUGAAGUUCUUCUUCAAAACAUGUACGCUGGUUUUGCUGGUUCCAUGGGACGUGCCGUUGAGCGUCACGACAUUUGGAGCUGGUCGUUUGAAAACGCCGCCAAAAACAACUAAACCGGUUUGGUCCGGUUCAGUUUGGUUAGGUAUCGUUUGCUUUGUGUUGGGUGAUUGUUGUACUACUUAGUGGUAAGUAGAGUGUAUCAUAAGGUUUAAAUAAAACAAGCCGAAUGUGUGGCUUAAU